AUGCCCGCUCUUGACGGUAUUCACGUCCUCGAAUUGGCCGGCCUGGCCCCGGGCCCUUUCACAGGAAUGAUGCUCGCUGACAACGGAGCCAAUGUGAUCCGAGUUGACCGCGUCAAUCAACCUCAUCAACCAAGUCCCGACGUGUUGAUUCGAAACAAGUCUUCAAUCAAAAUAGACCUCAAGUCUUCCGGAGGAAAGGAUCUCUUUCUGCGACUUGUCAAACACGCCGAUGUCCUUAUCGAUCCAUUUCGACCGGGUGUCCUUGAGAAACUCGGUCUCGGUCCGUCCGAAGUUCUGCUGAAAAUCAACCCGCGCUUGAUUGUGGCCAGGUUGACUGGGUUUAGACGUGAUGGCAAAUAUGCCAACAUGGCUGGCCAUGAUAUCAAUUACCUGGCCGUGUCAGGCGUUCUGUCAAUGCUUGGCUCUUCUGCGCCAGUUGCUCCACACAAUCGGCCCUUGCCACCUCUUCCACCUGGAAAUAUCCUGGGAGACUUUGCAGCAGGUGGACAUAUGUGUUUCACUGGAAUCAUGCUAGCCCUUUUUGCCCGUUCCAGGACCGGAAAGGGACAAGUUGUGGAAUCCAAUAUGGCAGACGGAGCAAGUUACUUGGCAACAAUGCCGCGCAUCUCGACUAAAAUCCGUGGUCAAUGGGAUGAGCCUCGAGGACACAACCUUUCCGAUGGAGGAUGCCCAUACUACUAUGUCUAUGAGUGUAAAGAUGAUGGACAAUAUUUUGCCGUCGCCGGGUUGGAGCCGCAAUUCUUCGAUCAACUGGUGAAGGGGCUCGGUCUCGGGGGUGAGGAGUGGGUGAAUGAUCGAGAGAAUCGUGCAAAUUGGCCUGAUAUUAGAACAGCUUUUGAAAGGCGCUUUAGAGAAAAGACACGGAAGGAAUGGGAGAGGAUCUUUGAUGGAACUGAUGCCUGUGCCACUCCGGUAUUAACUCAAGGAGAGUUGGAGGCUAAUGGUUAUGAACUGAGGCCGGGUGUGACAUUGACUGACACGCCGGCUUUGCCAAUUGGUCAAUCUGGAUGGAGUGUAGAGACAUUACAGCCUGGUGAGGGUGGUGAAGAGGCAUUGACUGAGUGGUUGGGUUGGAAGAAAGGUCGCGAUUUCCUAAGCUUAGGUGGUGGGUUGCAAAGUACAUCAAGCUCAAAGUUAUGA